AUGCCGCCAUCGGUUCCGAUUGUUAUCAUUGGAGCUAAUGAAAAGAGCAGCUCUCCAUGCUUCAAUGGUCCCCCCUCGGAUGUGGUGGCCGAUGGCGGUGGUGUCUCAUAUAAGGCUGGGAAGAAACCCCUUCAAACAUUGACAAGGAUAGCACAACGGACAUCAUGUCUGGUUCGCCUCCUUUUGCUGGCCAUUCUCCUCCUCUUGGUCCUCGUUUCGGUCCUCCUUGCAGUGAUCAUCAGAAUCGACAAUUCAAGAGAAAAAUAUCCAUUUGGUGGGCCAGCGAUAUCGGAUGUUCGACCGGGUCUCCCACCAGUCACCGAGAAUCCCAUCACCACAAAGAAGCCCGAGAUAAAAACAUGCACAUCGAAGGGAUGCGUGAGAGCAGCCACGAAUUUGCUAAAUGCCAUGAAUCAAUCGGCUGAUCCGUGCUCAAAUUUCUUCGAAUUCGCGUGUGGUUCAUGGAAUCAUCUUCACCCAAUUCCCGAUGAUAUGGCCUCUUAUGGGACUUUUGCUUUCGCUCGUGAACAAGUCCGGCUACAGUUGAGAGUACUCCUUGAAUCGAACGAGAUCUCUCCAUCAAAAUCGAUCAAUAUGGCUCGUACAGCUUAUCGAAUCUGCAUGAACACUCACCAAUUGGAUCAGCUGCACUCCAGCCUUUUAUUGACAGCAGUGGACGAGCUCGGUGGAUGGCCGAUGUUGAGUGGAAAAGAAGCUCGUUCUGAUUUCGAUUUAAAGGAGGGAAAUGAAAAAUCCCAUGAAUUCCUCACUGAACUCUUGGCUUCAUCAAGGAAACACUAUGGAACGGAUAUCUUCUUCCAAAUUUAUGUCUAUGCUGAUGCGAAGAACACCUCAAGGAACACGAUCUUUGUCGAUCAAGGAAGUCUCAGCUUGGGCAGAGGAUCUAAAGAUUACUACCUCAAUGAAACCAUGUUUUCCACUCAAAUCAAUGCUUAUAAAAAAUUCAUUAAAGCGGGAAUGAAAAUCUUGGCCUCUGAUGCGAAAAUCACACGUGAUGAUGAGCAAAUGGUGACGGAGUUAGAGGAAAUGGUCAAAUUUGAGAUUGAGAUUGCAAAAAUCAUUGUGCCUGAGGAUGAUCGCAGAAAUAAUACGAGGAUGUACAACAAGAAGAGUAUCAGCGAGUUGUAUGGAUUGUUGCCACAAAUUGAUUGGCUGAAAUACUUCACGACGAUCGCUCCUGAAAAUAUGACCGACUAUUUCACGAAUGAGACUCAAGUGAUUGUCACGGAAAUCGAAUAUUUGAAACAUGCAGCCGAACUCCUUUCCCAAUCCGACGCGCGAACAAUCCGCAACUAUGCCCUUUGGCGAGUGGCUCAAUCGACCAUGAAAUUCUUGGAUGAGCGAUUUGAGAAUAUUAAACAGGAUUUGAUGAGAGUGAUCACUGGACAACAAAUGAGAUCGCCGAGGUGGAAAGAGUGCACACAGGUCCCAGCCACCUUCCUUCCUCUUGCUGCCGGUGCCAUUUACACCAGAGAACACUUCCAAUUGAGUGACAAAUAUCAAGCAAUGGAAAUGAUCCAAAAUCUUCGACAAUCUUUCGGCGAAUUGGUUCAUGAGAAUGAUUGGAUGGAUGCGACAACGAAAGAAGUCGCCAUUGAGAAAGCGGGCAAAAUGAUCAACAAUAUCGGUUAUCCCGAGGAGAUUCUCAACAAUACGCAAUUGGAUGAAAAAUAUGAGAGGCUCACCCUUGCCCCACAAGACACGUAUUUCACCCUGAUGAAGAAAGCGGUUUUGUGGAUGCAAGAAAAGGAGUUCUUUAAGCUCGAGAAACCCUUUGACAAGACUGAAUUCGACGUUUCGCCGGCUGUCGUGAACGCUUUCUAUUCGCCAGAGAAAAAUGCGAUCACUUUCCCCGCCGGCAUCCUUCAACCGCCAUUCUUCUCUGGCGAGUACCCAAAAGUGGUCAACUAUGGAGCAAUCGGGGCGGUGAUUGGACACGAGAUCACUCACGGAUUUGAUGAUCAAGGUAGUCAAUACGAUAAAGAUGGAAAUCUGCAAAAUUGGUGGAAUGAGGACUCUCUAAAUGGCUUCAACACUCGAAAAUCAUGCAUCGUCGAGCAAUAUGGGAAUUAUGCGGUUCCGCACACUUCUCUCAGGGUAAACGGAAAGCUCACUCAAGGCGAGAAUAUUGCUGACAAUGGAGGAGUCAAAGAGGCUUUUCGGGCCUAUCAAAAAUACAUCAAAUCGAAUGGGCCCGAAGAUCGACUGCCCGGUCUGCAAGAGUACACGAAUGAGCAAAUCUUCUUCCUUUCAUAUGCCCAUUUCUGGUGUGGUCACAAGAAAGACGCGGCCGCCAUUCAACAAGUGCUCACCGAUGAGCACUCGCCUGAGCUUUUCCGAGUCAUCGGGGUUUUGUCAAACCUUGAAGAGUUCUCGAAAGCGUACGAUUGCCCAGCCAAUUCCCCACUCAAUCCGUCCAAAAAAUGCAGAGUCUGG